AUGACUGACAGUACCAUAGAAACAAAAAUUGUUAUUAUAGGGUGCGGUAUAGCCGGUUUGAAAGCUGCUCAAGAGUUAUACCAACAAAAAUUUUGUCAAGAUGUAGUAGAAACAGCACCACAGGUCCUUAUUUUGGAGGCUAGAGAUAGAAUUGGUGGUAGGCUAUAUACCGUAGAUGGUUUAAACGAUAGGUACGAUAUAGGUGCAGCAUGGCAUCAUGAUAUAUUAAGGAAUCCAUUGUUUCAGGAGGAACACGAAUUAAAGAAAAAAAAUCUAACAGCUUCAAAAUACAUAUUUGAUGAUGAUUAUGGGAUUAUUUUUGAUGAAAUGGGGACUAAAUUAAACCACGACAAGGACUUAAAAUUAGAAGUUGUUCAGAAUGAAUUGGAAAAAUUUGUAGAAUUGGAAUAUUUCAGUGAACUGGAAUACCCAAACACUUCAUAUUUCAAAAUGGUCCAAAAGUAUUUGUUUAGGUACAAGGAUUUUUUAACUGAUGCUCAAAUCAAAUAUUUAAACGGUUCAGCCAGAUGUAUUGAGUUAUGGCAUGGUACCAAUUGGAAAAAAUUGAGUGGAAAGUAUGCACAGAUGGAUCAUCAAGGAAGAAAUGCAAUGUGCUUGUUUUAUAAAGACGUUGUUGAUAGAAUGGCCACUGAAUUUCCCUUGGAUUGGAUAAAAUUACAUUCACAGGUGUGUCAAAUAAAAGCUUUAAAAGAUAAACAAGAAAGAAUAAGUAAUAGAAAUAGAAACUUGGAAAUUUUAACCAAAGAUACCAAAAACGGUAAGAUUACAAAAGUUUUGUGCGAUUAUGUUAUUGUUACAAUUCCCCAAAGUGUAUUAGAACAAUCAUUGUAUGAUGUGCCCGCACCCGGAAGAAUCGAAUUCAUACCCAAACUAAACCAGGAUAUUUAUGAUUCAUUCCAAAACAUACAUUAUGGCGCGCUAGGUAAAAUCAUAUUUGAGUUUGAUUCUGCUUGGGAGUCGAAACAUACACGAUUCUACUACACUGGUGCAAUAAAUAAUAAUAUUAUAGAUGCUGUCAGGAAUGGCCAAGCUUUUAAUGGCGAGUACUUAAACAAAAUCGACUCUUUAACAACACCUACAUACAAUAACACUAUCACCGAGCAGUUAGACCCACAAAACUAUCCGCUUUUGUUUGUAAAUUAUAUGGGCAUUACUGGCAAACCGUCUUUAGUCAUGUUGAUGCAAGAUCCAUUAACUUCUUAUAUUGAAAAGCUGAAUGCACAGGAUGAAAAGGCUACAAUAUGUAACAUUUUCAAACCAAUUUUAUUGAAUUUGUUUAAACACUUAGGUUAUGCACAUGCUAAUAAUCAUAAUGGGAGCAUCUAUAGUGAGAUAUUACCAGGUUUAAAAAAUAUUAUUGUUAGUAACUGGACGAUUGAUCCUUAUUCUUUAGGCUCAUUUACCGCAUGUUAUCCCGACGAUGAUCCAAUUGAAUUAUCCUUAAGCUUGGAAAGAGGGCAGAGCAUGAGAAUCAGAUUUGCUGGUGAACACACUAUAAUGGACGGUGCUGGUUGUGUAUAUGGAGCUUUUGAAUCUGGAAAAAGGGAAGCCCAAUAUAUUUUAAAUAAUUAUUUUUAG